AUGCAGGCGGCCACGGCGCUGCGCGUCUGGCUGAGCCUCCUGGCGGCCGCGGGCUCCCUCCGGCGCGGCGCGGCGCAGGCAGUGUGCGCAGGAACAGAGAACAAGCUGAGCUCCCUCUCGGACCUGGAGCAGCAGUACCGAGCCCUGCGCAAGUACUAUGAGAACUGCGAGGUCGUCAUGGGCAACCUGGAGAUAACCAGCAUCGAGCACAACCGGGACCUCUCCUUCAUGCGGUCUAUUCGAGAAGUCACGGGCUACGUGUUGGUGGCUCUUAACCAGUUCCGUUACCUGCCUCUGGAGAAUUUACGCAUCAUCCGUGGGACAAAACUGUAUGAGGAUCGAUACGCCUUGGCAAUAUUUUUAAACUACAGAAAAGAUGGCAACUUUGGGCUGCAAGAACUUGGAUUGAAGAACUUGACAGAAAUCCUAAAUGGUGGUGUCUACGUAGACCAGAACAAGUUUCUUUGUUACGCAAACACAAUCCAUUGGCAAGAUAUUGUUCGGAAUCCGUGGCCUUCCAACUUGACCCUGGUGUCCACAAAUGGUAGCUCAGGAUGUGGACGAUGCCAUAAGUCCUGUACUGGCCGAUGCUGGGGACCCACAGAGAAUCAUUGCCAGACUUUGACAAGGACGGUGUGUGCCGAACAAUGUGAUGGCAGAUGCUACGGACCCUACGUCAGUGACUGCUGUCAUCGAGAGUGUGCUGGAGGCUGCUCAGGUCCGAAGGACACCGACUGCUUUGCCUGCAUGAAUUUCAAUGAUAGUGGAGCAUGUGUGACUCAGUGUCCUCAAACCUUUGUCUACAACCCAACCACCUUUCAACUAGAGCAUAACUUCAAUGCCAAGUACACAUAUGGAGCAUUUUGUGUCAAGAAAUGCCCACAUAACUUUGUCGUCGAUUCCAGUUCUUGCGUGCGUGCCUGCCCUAGUUCCAAGAUGGAAGUGGAGGAAAACGGGAUUAAAAUGUGCAAACCUUGCACUGAUAUUUGCCCAAAAGCUUGUGAUGGCAUUGGCACGGGGUCCCUGAUGUCAGCGCAGACCGUGGAUUCCAGCAACAUCGACAAAUUCGUAAACUGCACCAAGAUCAAUGGGAAUUUGAUCUUCCUUGUCACCGGCAUUCAUGGGGACCCUUACAAUGCGAUUGAAGCUAUAGACCCAGAAAAACUGAAUGUCUUUCGGACAGUUCGAGAGAUAACAGGUUUCUUGAACAUACAGUCAUGGCCCCCAAACAUGACUGACUUCAGUGUUUUUUCUAACCUGGUGACCAUCGGAGGCAGAGUCCUCUACAGUGGCCUCUCCUUGCUUAUCCUCAAGCAACAAGGCAUCACUUCCCUGCAGUUCCAGUCCCUGAAGGAAAUCAGUGCAGGAAACAUCUAUAUCACUGACAACAGCAACCUGUGCUACUACCACACCAUCAACUGGACCAUGCUCUUCAGCACCGUCAACCAAAGAAUAGUGAUUCGAGACAACAGGAAGGCUGAAAACUGUACUGCUGAAGGAAUGGUGUGCAACCAUCUGUGCUCCAGCGAUGGCUGUUGGGGACCUGGGCCAGACCAGUGCCUGUCCUGCCGUCGCUUCAGCCGGGGGAGGACCUGCAUAGACUCUUGUAACCUCUACGAUGGAGAAUUCCGGGAGUUUGCGAACAGCUCCAUCUGUGCGGAGUGUGACCCCCAGUGUGAGAAGAUGGAAGAUGGCAUCCUCACGUGCCAUGGACCGGGACCUGACAACUGUACAAAGUGCUCCCAUUUUAAGGAUGGCCCAAACUGUGUGGAAAAAUGUCCAGAUGGCUUACAGGGGGCAAACAGUUUCAUUUUCAAGUAUGCUGAUGAGGACCGGGAGUGCCACCCAUGCCAUCCAAACUGCACUCAAGGGUGUAGCGGUCCCACUAGUCAUGACUGCAUUUACUACCCUUGGACGGGCCAUUCCACUUUACCACAACAUGCUAGAACUCCUCUGAUCGCAGCCGGGGUCAUUGGCGGGCUCUUCAUCCUGGUCAUCGUGGCUCUCACGGUUGCGGUCUACGCGAGAAGGAAGAGCAUCAGGAAGAAAAGAGCCUUGAGGAGGUUCCUGGAAACAGAGUUGGUAGAACCCUUAACUCCCAGUGGCACAGCGCCCAAUCAGGCUCAGCUUCGCAUUUUGAAAGAAACUGAACUCAAAAGAGUCAAAGUACUUGGUUCAGGUGCUUUCGGAACCGUGUAUAAGGGUAUCUGGGUACCUGAAGGAGAAACAGUGAAGAUUCCUGUGGCUAUUAAGAUUCUUAAUGAAACAACUGGUCCCAAAGCCAAUGUGGAAUUCAUGGAUGAAGCUCUGAUCAUGGCAAGUAUGGACCAUCCACAUUUAGUCCGGUUAUUGGGGGUGUGUCUGAGCCCCACCAUUCAGCUGGUGACACAGCUUAUGCCCCACGGCUGCCUGUUGGAUUACGUCCAUGAACACAAGGAUAACAUUGGUUCACAGCUGCUGCUUAACUGGUGUGUCCAGAUAGCUAAGGGAAUGAUGUAUCUGGAAGAAAGACGGCUCGUUCAUCGCGAUCUGGCAGCCCGUAAUGUCUUAGUGAAAUCUCCCAACCAUGUGAAAAUCACGGAUUUUGGACUAGCCAGACUCUUGGAAGGAGAUGAAAAGGAGUAUAAUGCUGAUGGAGGAAAGAUGCCAAUUAAGUGGAUGGCUCUGGAGUGUAUCCACUACAGGAAAUUCACCCAUCAGAGUGAUGUCUGGAGCUAUGGAGUCACCAUAUGGGAACUGAUGACAUUUGGAGGAAAACCCUAUGAUGGAAUUCCAACCCGAGAAAUCCCUGACUUAUUAGAGAAAGGAGAACGUUUGCCCCAGCCUCCCAUCUGCACCAUUGACGUUUACAUGGUCAUGGUCAAAUGUUGGAUGAUUGAUGCUGACAGUAGACCUAAAUUUAAGGAACUGGCUGCUGAGUUUUCCAGGAUGGCUCGGGACCCUCAAAGAUAUUUAGUUAUUCAGGGUGAUGAUCGUAUGAAGCUUCCCAGUCCAAACGAUAGCAAGUUCUUUCAGAAUCUCUUGGAUGAAGACGAUUUAGAAGAUAUGAUGGAUGCUGAGGAAUACUUGGUCCCUCAGGCUUUCAACAUCCCACCUCCCAUCUAUACGUCCAGAGCAAGAAUCGACUCAAAUAGGAACCAGUUUGUGUACCGAGAUGGGGGUUUUGCUGCAGAACAGGGGGUGCCCGUGCCCUACAGAGCCACGACCAGCACCAUCCCAGAAGCUCCCGUGGCUCAGGGGGCCACGGCCGAGAUGUUCGAUGACGCCUGCUGCAACGGCACCCUCCGCAAGCCGGUGGCCCCCCACGUCCAAGAGGAGAGCAGCACCCAGAGGUACAGUGCUGACCCCACCGUGUUCGCCCCGGAACGCAGCCCGCGAGGGGAGCUGGAUGAAGAAGGUUACAUGACGCCCAUGCGAGAGAAACCCAAACAAGAAUAUCUGAACCCUGUAGAGGAGAACCCCUUUGUUUCUCGGAGAAAAAACGGAGACGUUCAAGCUCUGGAUAACCCCGAAUAUCACAAUGCUUCCACUGGCCCCCCCAAGGCAGAGGAGGAGUACGUGAACGAGCCGCUGUACCUCAACACCUUCGCCAACACGUUGGGGAACGCCGAGUACCUGCAGAGCACCGUACUGUCUGUGCCGGAGAAGGCCAGGAAAGCAUUCGACAACCCUGACUACUGGAACCACAGCCUGCCCCCUCGGAGCACCUUCCAGCACCCAGACUACCUGCAGGAGUACAGCACAAAAUAUUUUUAUAAGCAGAAUGGACGGAUCCGGCCCAUCGUGGCAGAGAAUCCCGAAUACCUCUCUGAGUUCUCACUGAAGCCAGGCACUGUGCUGCCUCCUCCGCCCUACAGACACCGGAAUACUGUGGUGUAG